AUGUUCUUGCCAAUAAUAAUCAGUGGCAAUGUGCUCAUAUCAGCUUGUUUGCCUAACAGUGUUUCAAAUCCUCCGCCAGUUCAGUUGCAUCGAAUGGAUCCCGAUCAUCCUGUAUCUGACGUAAUUCGUCUUCACAAUGCUAUUACUGACAAUGAUGCAAGUGUAAUAGUAGAUCUUUUUAUUAAUAAACACCUGGGAAAUCGACAACAUUUGCUGAAAGACUAUUUGCAUGCGUAUGCAAUCAACCUGACGGAUCAUUGCCGUUUAAAGUUAUCCGGAGAUUUUGGAUAUCUCAUUGAAUCUUUGGCAAAACCACCACAACUAUUUGUUGUCAAUGAACUUCAUGACUUUUUUCUUAAUUUAUUUCGUCGCAAUUAUAAUACUCUUUUCGAAAUUUUCGGAUAUCAUGACAUUGAGAGUAUUAAAAGAGCUUACCGAUUAACUUAUGGAGUUGAGAUGAUAGAACAUUUUAAAAAUUUACCUUUUUUUGUACGAGAACGUUUUGAAGACAUAAUUGACCCAACUAGCUACGGGGCUCAUCAAUCAGUCGAAGGCGAAUUAAGGGUUAGCCAGCCUGAAUAUUAUAGUGAUAAGUUGGUAGAAGCGGCGAGAGAAGCAAAUUUACGUCGUUUUACCCGCUUAAUUGUAUUGAGCUUGAACGAUGACAUACUUGAUGAAGUCAAAACGUCUUAUAAAGCUAUUUAUCAUGAGCCACUCGAAGAUCUAGUAGAACAAUGUCCUGACAAAGAUUACAGCAAAGCAGUUUUAGCUGUUCUUAAAUUCCCUGGGGUUUACGGAAACAAUAUGCUGCGCUCAAAUUAA